GCGGGGUUGGAGUUUGGAGAGGGCGAGAUAUCCCGAUGGAGGGCCAGUGGUGCAGGUGGAUUUGGAAUGGGGUUGAGGCUGAGCCGCGGAGGGAGAGGGGGUGCCGCGGGAACCGCUCGCAGUCUCGGUGCUCGUGGCAUCGCUGCUGGACGAGCUGCGGAGAGUGGCGUUGUAUUGGUGCAUGAAGAAGAGGGCGAUGCGACGGUUGAGAAAUUCUGGGGGACUGCUAAGGGUUUAGCUUUGGGGGGUCCAAGAAUGAGGAGCUCUUGCUGCAGAGAUUUUCAGGAGGGGAGGAAUGGGGGUGAGGUGAAGAGAGGGUUGAGGAGGGAAAGGGGGGAAGAAAAAGGUAAUAUGGAGAUACGCUUACCAGGUCAAGAUGUAGUGUUUGAGAGAGUAGUGGAGCUGCUCGUAGAGAGAGGUGUAAUACUCGCGCUGUUCGGGGUCGUUUUCUUUCCCUUCGCCGGCGAGCGCUGCGUCGAUGGGGUGCAUGGUAAUUGUUUUAAGUUCUUAGAGGGUGGGAGAUCUUUGGUUUAGCGUUGUUUAAGUGGUAUUCUUAGGAUUGCUUUGCAAGUACUCAAGUGAGACCUUACAACCGGUGCUCAAAGAUAUUGUAGGUAAUGAUUGUAGUUCAAGGAGAGAAGGGAGUUGUGGUGCUGCGGUAAAUCUUGGGCUUCUUAUAGACCAAACGGAGGAUGAGAUGAAGUGAUUCAC